GUGAUAUCGCUGGAGGUGUUGAUGUCUUUUAUCUCAUGUUUUCUAAAAAAGGGCAUAUGUGACAGCUCCAAAGUGAUCACAUACAGCUCAACCAACAAAUCGUUACAAAAUGACUUCAAAUUUGCCAAGUUUGUCAAAAUCCAUGACAAGUAUCUGAACGUCAAACCUUUCAAAACGCUUCAAGCCAAAACAUACAAAAAGUGCCUGGUUGAUUGUGCAGCAGAUCAGAAAUGCACUUCUUUCAACUUUGCUAAACUUGUUAAUUCUGAUGGACUUCAUUUGUGUGAAAUGCUUGAUACAGAUCAAUUCAACGCAACCUUAAACUCGACAGAAUAUUACAAUGACAGUGCAGACCACCAACAUUUUACUAGAAAGACGGAGUGUUUAUUCAUGCCAUGCCGCAGACAGAAUCCAGACCUCCUCUGCCUUCCUGACUAUGUUAGAGAUAAAUACGUCUGCAAAACCUGCAAAGAAGUGGGAGCGAUCGAGGGCCUGUCCGAAUGGAGUGAAUGGUCAGGAUGCGAUAGAUUUUGCGACCUCAAUGGUAAAAAGAGGCGUAAAAAGACCUGCAACACUAAAGCUGUCUGUAAUCCAUGCAAUGCAAUAAUACAGGAAGAACAAGAAUGCCAUUUUUGUCCACCAGAGAGCCCCAUAAGAGCGGACACGGCUUAUGGAUAUUUCUGUGUGCAACCAAAAAGUGGCGACUGUAACCCAACYCAAGACACGGUCUCUUGGAAUCAUGGCCUUGAGUGGAAAUCUGCCGACAAGUACUGCUCAGCGGAGCACAUGAAAUUUCUCUUCGAUGCCAGUGGAAGAAUAUAUCAUAAAUGUAGUGGAAAGAUUGUUUGCGAACAAGAUCUGGGUUCGAAAUAUCCCCCCAUAAACCAAAGACUUAUCUUGACUAACAGUUGCCCUGAUGAAAUCGCCAAACACAAGAGACGUGUAAGCCAUUCUCUUGAGCAAGUGAACAGCGGUUUUUGUGUUCAUUCUAUUGGUGGCAUUCCAGGAGAAGGCAGAAAGCUUGUCUACCUUGAUGGAUGUGAUGGAAACAGAUUGGCACUCGAAUUUUUCAAGCUGCCUGCACCAUGAUGUUUGCAAGUUCUUCCAUAAUACGGUGGUAUUCAUCUUGCACGUGACAUUUCAUCAGUGUAGUAACGUAGUAUAUACUUUUUCGAUCCCCAAAAAUCAACGACAAUUUGAAUUACUAAUAAUCCUUGUCAAGCCCUGAAAAUAUUUUGAUCCUGAUGGUUAA